CUUGCCCAGCUCUUCUGGCACCAUUGAGUAUAGCGAGUCUCUCUCUCCUGCACACUAUCUGGAGGUGCAAGUCUUUUCUUCACCGGCUUCUCAUAUCUUUGUAGAUCUGGGCUGUGGUCCUCUGCUGCAGACAUGGCUCCCAAAAAGAACAAGACUGCCAAAAAAAACAAAGGGGAUAUCAAUGAAAUAACCAUAAUGGUCGAGGAUAGCCCGAUCAAUAAUAUCAAUGGGCUGAAUACCUUGUUGGAGGGAGGAAACGGCUUCAGCUGCAUCUCAAGUGAAGUCACUGACCCUGUUUAUGCUCCUAAUCUCUUGGAGGGUCUUACUACCAUGAGGCAGGACAGUUUCCUCUGUGACCUGACCGUCUCCACCAAGUCAAAGUCCUUCGAUGUCCACAAAGUUGUCAUGGCCUCCUGCAGUGAGUACAUUCAGAAUAUCUUAAAGAGCGAUUCCGCCCUCACAAAGAUCGACCUGAACGACCUUUCACCCACAGGCCUGGCCACAGCCAUCACAUACGCCUACUCAGGGAAACUAACCCUGUCGUUGUACAGCAUUGGCAGCACCAUCGCAGCAGCCAUGUUGUUGCAGAUCAACACCCUGGUGAAGAUGUGCAGCGACUUCCUCAUGCAGGAGCUCAGUGCGGAGAACUGCAUGUACGUGGCCAACAUCGCCGACACCUACAACCUCAAAGAAACAAAGCAGGCCACCCAGAAGUUCAUGAGGGAGAACUUUAUAGAGUUCUCUGAGAUGGAGCAGUUCCUGAAGCUCACUUACGAGCAGAUCAACGACUUCCUCAGUGAUGAUUCCCUGCAGUUGCCCUCUGAGAUUACAGCCUUUCAGAUAGCCAUGAAGUGGUUGGACUUCAACGAGAAGAGGCUGAAAUACGCCCCAGAUCUUCUGACCAACAUCCGCUUCGGGACCAUCUCAGCCAUGGACCUGGUCAACCAUGUCCAGAGUGUGCCCAGAAUGAUGCAGGACCCCGAGUGCCAUCGUCUUCUAGUGGACGCAAUGAAUUACCACCUGCUACCCUACCAGCAGAACAUUCUGCAGUCCCGCAGAACAAAGGUACGUGGUGGCAUCCGGGUCAUGCUGACAGUGGGUGGACGACCGGCCUUGACGGAGAAGUCUCUCAGCAAAGAGGUCCUCUACAGGGAUGAUGACGAUGUAUGGAAUAGGCUCACAGAGAUGCCAGCCAAGAGCUUCAAUCAGUGUGUGGCAGUCCUGGAUUGCUUCCUUUAUGUUGCUGGUGGUGAAGACCAGAAUGAUGCCAGGAACCAGGCUAAACAUGCUGUCAGCAACUUCUGCAGGUAUGAUCCUCGAUUCAACACCUGGAUUCAUUUGACCAACAUGAUCCAGAAGCGCACCCACUUCAGUCUCAACACUUUCAAUGGCCUCUUGUUCGCUAUUGGUGGUCGUAACUCUGAUGGAUGUCAGGCUUCAAUGGAGUGCUACGUGCCCUCCACGAACCAAUGGCAGAUGAAAGCCCCCAUGGAAAUCCCCCGGUGCUGCCACGCCAGCUCCGUCAUUGAUGGUAAAAUCCUUGUUAGCGGUGGUUACAUCAACAAUGCGUACUCCAGGGCUGUGUGCAGCUAUGAUCCUUCCACUGAUGUGUGGCAGGAUAAGAACAGUUUGAGCUCCCCUAGAGGCUGGCAUUCCGCUGCUACAGUCGGAGAACGGGCUUACGUGAUUGGUGGCAGCCAGCUGGGUGGCCGUGGAGAGAGGGUGGAUGUCUUAGCUGUUGAGUGUUUCAACCCUCACAAUGGGCAGUGGAGCUACUCUGCCCCCCUGAACACAGGAGUGAGCACUGCUGGUAUCGUCAGCAUGAAUAAUAAGAUCUAUCUUCUUGGAGGCUGGAACGAGAUUGAGAAGAAGUACAAGAAAUGCAUCCAGGUGUAUAACCCUGACCUCAAUGAAUGGACUGAGGACGAUGAGUUGCCAGAGGCUACAGUUGGCAUCUCAUGCUGUGUCGUUACCAUACCCACACGCAAAACACGAGAGUCCAGGUCCAGCUCAGUUUUAUCUGCGCCAGUCAGCAUAUAGAGUCUGGUAGGUCAUUUGAAAAGUAGUUUACUUGCGAAUGGAAGCAAGACCAAAAAUUCUCUAGCCAGUUAAUUUCAGAAAAUCCUUUAUGGCUUUCAAUGCAGAAAGUGAUCAUCCCUACUUAAGGUCAGAAAAGAAGUGACAACAUACAAAUUUCGCGCAUGCAACUAAUCCGGAAUUGAAUCAGAUAUAUUCAAACUGUUUUCAUUACUUUUAUUAAGGCUUUAAUGUGUGACAAUUCAGGAAGUUGUUUUGUGUUGUGAGACUAAUUAAAAUCUUCUGUUAUGAUGGGAA